CAAUUGUCAGGUUAUUCUAUAAAAAUGAGCUGCACUCCACACCCAAGCUCAGUUCGAUUUUCGCAAAUUUUAAAGCCGGAUUCACUAUGGCGUCCUGGAAGUUGGGCCUACUUCUGACACUUCUCGUCCUAACCGAUUUUAUUCCGGUAAACCAAGCGGUAGAGUUCAGCUCAAUGAUUAUAAAGCAAGCGAAAAAACUGCGCUUGCGAUGCGUAAAUCAAACGGGUGUCUCAGUAGAAAUAAUAGAGAAGUCAAUAAGAGAUAAGAUUAUGCCCCAUAACACGGCCGUGAACUGCUUUUUACACUGCAUGCUUGACAUGUUUGGACUGAUUGACACCAAGAACGUUAUGCACUUGGAAGCGCUGAAUGAGAUCCUGCCAGAGGAAAUACACGAGACAAUCAAUGGACUAGUCAGCGCCUGUGGAACAAAGAAGGGAAAAGAUGGCUGUGAGACGGCUUAUGAAACAGUCAAGUGCUAUUUGGCUGUCAAUGGUCAGUUUAUAUGGAAUGAGGUGAUAGUGUUGCUUGGAUAGCGGGCCUACACUCACCUGAAGACAUCUCUAUUCACGAUUCCCAGGAUAAGCAGACAG